ACUCUGGUUCUUCCUCUGUCAAGAAGGGCACAGUCCAGGCCAAUGUACCGCCUCCAGGAAAUGCCAACCCUGAGCAGAGCUUUUUUGACAAACACAAAGGAACCAUUAUACAGAUGGUUGUCAUGUGGGUCUUGAUGCAAGUCUUCUUUGGUAACCGUAAUUCAUCCACUCCUGAGCCUGCUGUUCCUUCUACUGCCCAAAACCCUGAGGCAGCUUACACAACCCCAGCCAACACCGAUUAUUUUCCUAUUUUGCCCCCAGGCGUUUAUCACAACCCAUAUCCGGUUGAUAUUCCCACUAAUACCUUGCCUUCAGCUGUCGUUCCUCUCUGGAAAGAGGGCACCCCUAUGAAACUGUCUGUUUACGUUAAUGAAAGUCCUUAUUUUAUUGAGUACAGUGCGCAACCUGAUUGGGUUUCCAAUGAAAUUCAUUUUGGCGAAGCAUUUGAAGAUAGUGAAUACCACAUGGAUAUUCCAGCUACUCAGUUUCUCCAAAACAACGGAACUCUAUAUGCCCAUGUAUUCCUGGUACGCGAAGGAAGUCCAAUUAACCCUGCGGAUGCCUCAUUUAUCCCUGACUCUGUGGUUUAUGUCAGACAUACUUUGACUAAAUAUUACCCUAAAAAAGCUGUUCUGAAACAGAAGAACCUUUUGCAGAGAACCGAAGAUGAAGAAAAAGAGGAAAAAGAGGAAAAAGAGGAAAAAGAGGAAGUUAAUCAAGAGUCCCAGGAAGGAUCCACUCUUGGUGGUUUUGGAGAUAGCUUUUUGGGCAAUUGGACUCGUCGUGCUCCGCUGGUUGCCUAUUGGCAUGAAAAUGUAACAUUGUCUCUUGUUAAUGAUCCUAAGAGCACCAUCCCCAAGAAUGGAUUACAACCUGCUACCGUUAAAUAUAUUCCUUUUGAUACUGGAUUAACCCGCGAUUCUUCUGGAAAAGUUGGGUUUUAUCGCCCAAUUGUCUUUCCUAACGAUUUCUGGGUGUUACGUCAAAAUGCUUAUCCAAUAAACGAGACAAUCAGUACUCUUCCCUUGAAUAUUCGAUUUGAACCUAUUGCAAUGUGGAAGUUUAAUAUUUAUGCUGUAUUUGACGACUCGAUGAAACAGCAGUCAAAUAACCCCUUGGGUGGCAUGUCUUCUUCUGAAACUGACGAAAUGAAACGUAUGUUCAUGGAGACAAAUCCUGUGUUGUUGGGAACAACCUUGAUCGUCUCUUUGCUCCAUAGUCUGUUUGAAUUCUUGGCUUUCAAAAAUGAUAUUGCUUUCUGGAACAAGAAGAAUAACAGUGCCGGUGUGUCUGUUCGCAGCAUCAUUGUUAACAUAUUCUUCCAAAUUGUCAUCUUUUUGUAUUUGUUGGACAACAACCAGGAAACCUCUUGGAUGGUUUUGAUUGGUCAAGGUGUUGGUCUCUUGAUUGAGGUGUGGAAAGUGUUCAAGGCGCUUAAGUACGAGCUUGUCUGGGUUCCUGGAUCCCUCUUGCCUAGCCUUGGUACUCAAAAUAUCGAGUCUACUGAGACUGAAGAUGACACUGCCAAAUAUGAUGCAAUUGCAUUCAAGUAUUUGAUUUGGCUGUCUUACCCUCUUUUGGGUGGUUAUGCCAUCUACUCUUUGAUGUAUGACGAGCAUAAGAGCUGGUACUCGUUCGUUCUCAAGACAUUGGUCGAGUUUGUCUAUAUGUUUGGCUUCAUUACCAUGGUUCCUCAAUUGUACAUCAAUUACCGCCUCAAGAGUGUAGCACACAUGCCAUGGAGAACAUUGCUGUACAAGUCUUUGAACACAUUCAUUGAUGACUUGUUUGCUUUUGUAAUCAAAAUGCCAACCUUGCAUCGUCUAGCUUGUCUUCGUGAUGAUGUUGUCUUUUUUGUGUACCUUUACCAACGAUAUGCUUACAAGGAAGAUCACACGCGUGCCAACGAGUUUGGACAAGUUGGUACUGAAGUUUCCGCAACUAUUACUGAGGGUGAUAGUAAGGAUGGAGAGACAAAAAAGACAAAGUAAAUCGUGCUAUUUUGUUACCAGUUUUGCUUAGCUCUUUUAGACCAAAUAAUGUUCAUAAAAAUAAAAUAAAAACUAAAGAAUUACAUUAUUUAUUU